AUGGCUGGCGAAGCUGUCCACGAGCAAGCAGUUGCAGUUCGUGGGGACGAAGAGCCAGCUCUCACAGAGCCCAACAAUUCGGAGACAAGCGACCGACCCGGAAGUGCCGGAGAUGAGUGGACAUGGAGUGAUCACUCGCAAGGCGCCUCCCGGUGGGACCCUAGCUGGGCAAGCUGGGGAUGGAACCACGCUUGGCGGGGACAUGACCAAGCGGGACGUAAUACCGACGACCUAGAACACAGAGGAAGUCGAACUACGAGUUGGGGUAACUACAGCACCGAUGCUUCGUCCUACUACGCUCGACCCUGGAAUGGCCAUGAAGGCAAUGACGGAGGCUUCGAUGGCGGAGACUUCGGGCGAGGCGACCACGAUUUUCGCGCUGGCCUCGGCGAUUCAGAAGGAGUCUGGCGAGAUCCCUGGGCAGAUGGUCGAGCUAGGAUCCACGGAUGGCACGAUUCACCCGACGGAGCAUACGGAGGCGAAUGGGCCGCCCACGACAGGGCCCAAGAAUCGGUAUGGAGCGGCUGGAAACACUUUCCCAAUGGCAAGGGUUUGCAGCCAAGCAACGCCAACGACCGAGGCGGCACCUGGAAAGGCGGCGCUCCAAGGCCGUCCGAGAAGCUCUCCGUCCCCGUGUUCACCGGAGAAGACGAUGAUGAUGUCGGCACGUCUGCUCGUUCGUACCUUCGCCAGGUCGAGGCCUGGCGGCGCUUGACGUUUUUACCGAACAACCAACAAGGCCUGGUUCUCUACCGUCACCUGGCAGGCAAGGCAUGGGUAGCAGCGGAGGAGUUGAACGUAGAUGCUUUGAGUCGUGAAGAUGGAGUUCACUACUUGAUGAGCUGGCUACGGAAUCGCUACCUGGAUCUUGAGGUCACACGCAUAGGCAAGGCGCUGUCAGAGAUGUUCCGCAAGCUGCGCCGCAAACAAGGACAAUCCAUACGUGACUACAACGCCGAGUAUGACCGCUUGCACGCUCGCUUGAAGGAAGUCGGAUGCAUGCUGCCGGAGGAGUGCUCGGCAUGGCUCUAUGUCGAUCGCCUCCAACUGGAGGAAAGCGCUGAGUUGAACCUCCUUGCGAGCGUGGGCAACGUCUACAGCUUGGGCAAGUUACAAAAGGCUGCUAUCAUACAAGAUAGGGGGCUUCGUAAACCUUGGGAAAGUGGCAAGGGAGGACGCAGACCGUACACCGCCCACAUCACCGACGCCGAUAACGAUGAGGACCCGCUCCCAGAGGACGAUGAAGAAGACGAAGGGUAUCCAGAAGAGCUUGCGGUUGCCUACAUGACGUUUCAGAACGCCAAAGCGAAAUACCGCGAACAGGCGCGGUCACGCGGCUACAAGGGCGACGGCAACAAGGAUGGCGGCAAGGACAAUGGCAAAGGCGACGGACCUCGCGGCGACUUGAAGGACAAGACGAGGGAAGACAAGCUCAAGCAGAUCAAAGCCCGUUCGUUUUGUUCAGGUUGUGGGCGGCGUGGACACUGGCAUCUUGACGACGAGUGUCCGAACAAUGCCAACAAAGGAGGUGGCCAUGCGAGGACGGCUCCUACCCGAGAGGUCUGCGUGAUGAUGCCGGCCCAGGUCAUGACUCUUCGACACGAGGCCGGGGUUCUGAUGGGCAUCACGGAUACCGCGUGCGCAAGGACUGUGGCAGGAACACAAUGGUUGCAGGACUAUAUGGACAAGCUCGGGGAUCACGACACGAAGCCACAACUCUCCAAAGAGUGUGAGGCUUACAAGUUCGGGACAGGGCGCAUCCACUAUUCCUCCUUCAAUGUGAUCCUCUCCUUUGCUCUCGGCAACAGCGUGGUGCAGCUCCGUACGUCCAUCAUCCCGGGGGACAUCCCCUUGCUCCUGUCGAAGACCGUGCUAGGCAAGCUGGGUAUGAUCUACGAUGUCACCGAAGGCCGAGCUGAUUUCAAUGCGGUUGGGUUGAAAGAUUACGACUUGAUGGUGACUCCUUCAGGACUACUUUCAACAAGAGGCCCCUUCCCACGCCUUCGUCGACCUGUGUCGCUGAUGGCCACGCCGGAAUGCGCCAAGGAGCUCCCCAUCAGCAAGAUGACCAAACCUCAGCUCAUCCAGGAGUGCCUACGCCUGGGCCUUACCGUCCAUCGCACCUGGAGCCCCGAAGAGAUCAAGGCUGUGAUCGUGGAACACCGCGAGAAGUACAAACAAGGCGAUGCGACGGAGCGCAUGAAGCGGAUGUCCCACCUCAGCAUGCCCGAGCUCAAGAUGAAAGCGCAAGAGUUGGGAGUGGAAUUUCCCGCGAAUGUCACCAAGGGGAACUUACUACGACUUGUGCGAGACACGCUCAACACCCCAGACAACGAGCUGAUGAAGAUCGGGAAGUAUCGUGGGAUGGAGUUCCGCGAAGUGCCGUGGCAGUACGGCCGCUGGGCGAGCAACGAGAUCAAGGGGAGCAACGCCGACCCGGAGUUGGUCCUUUACGCACGGUGGUGGGAGCGCAAGGAGGAGGAGAAGAGACAGCAAGGCUACUCAGCGACUCCGGAGGAGACCCAGAGCCAUGUGCCCGGAGCGUCGUCGGAAGCUACUUCGUGGGCCAACGUGGAUGCGUGGGAAGAGAGCUGGCCGAGGAGGGCAACGACGGCACAGUCGAACGACCAGAUGCCCAUCGCCCCGAACGCGAAGGCGAGCACCAAGCGCAGGACUCAGAAGGACGGCGAGGAGAGCAUGGACGACGAGCCGGACGCGGAGGCCCUCGAGGAGAUCAGGAAGCUCGAGACCCGCCUAGCCAUCCUCAAGAGCAAGACCAAGGCCAAGGGGCGGGGACACUAA